AUGAUGGGAAAAGUUUCACUUUUUCAUUGUUUUCUCCUCUUUGCCCUACUCGGAUUCGAAAGAUUUCAAGGAACAGCGCGUAGGUUUUCAAUUUCGUUGCACUCGGGCCUAAACUUGUUUCCAGAACUAAUCGGUGAAAUCGGCAUGACCACCAUAAAAACUACAAAAGUGCCAACUACCGUAUCCCUGACAGCAACUACAGUAGUCCCGAUUCCGGUCGAGACCACGACCAAGACUUCCAGUUCAAUGCCGAUCAUUUCUAGCUGGAUCCUUUUGAUCAUCGCGACUUUUUGA